AUGGGCAAGAAGAGCACCAAGGCCGCCGUGGCCAAGAACGAUGUCGCAUCCGCGCCUCCGCCUGGUCAGCUCAUGGAUUUGGUAGAGAACUUCCUCAUCGAUCACUCGUUCAAGAGCGCUGCCGAUGCUUUCAAGAAUCAGCGAGAGAAGAAGGGCUGGCAAACAACUGCUGCGACCGAAGAACAAUGCAACCCUUCCCUUGUCGGUGUCUUCCAGACAUGGGAGGCUACCAAGGGCGCGGAUAGCGGCAAGCCCAAGAAGAAGGCCUCCAAGAAGACGCCCAAGGGUUCUGAUUCGAACGACAACAAGGAAGAAGAUGUCGACAUGAAGGACGCCGAGUCCUCUUCCGAGAGCUCUGACAGCGACAGCGAGGAGGAAGCUGCCAAGCCUGCUCCUUCCAACAAUCUCAAGCGCAAGGCCCCCGUCGAUGAUUCCUCCUCUGAGUCGUCCUCAGACUCCGACUCAGAUUCGAGUUCUUCCGAUUCCGAUUCUGAACCAGGCGAGAAGCCACAGGCUAAGAAGCGAAAGCGCGCCUCAUCCUCGAGCUCCAGCUCCAGCUCCUCAUCCUCAAGUUCCAGCUCCUCUGAGUCCAGCGAUUCUAGCGACUCCAGCAGCGACUCCGACGACGAGAGUGCCGAGUCUGAUUCUGAUUCUGAUAGCUCUGACUCUAGCUCCGAUUCAAGCUCCGAUUCCGACUCCGACUCCAGCAGUUCAAGUGGUUCUGAGGGCAAGGCCGCCGCCAAGGUGCCGCUCCCAGACUCUGACGGCUCAUCCUCAGACUCCGACUCUUCAGACUCUUCAGACUCCGAAUCCGACUCUGACAAGAAGAAGAAGGUGAAGAAGGAAGCCAAGGAUUCCUCCGAUUCUUCUGUCACCUUGGACAAGACCUCGCCCGAGUUUCAAUCAAACUUGGCAAACCCACCUCUGCCUCCUGACCCCGUUAUAAACGGCAACGGGAAGAAGAAGCAGAACGAACCUUUCUCUCGUAUCCCCAAGGACAUCAAGGUCGACCCUAGAUUCGCCUCGAACGAAUACGUGUCCAUCACUUACUCUCAGCGAGCGCACGAGGACCUGAUUGUUACCAAGGGCAAGGGCUUCACCAAGGAGAAGAACAAGAAGAAGAGGGGCAGCUACCGCGGCGGUGCCAUUGAUAUUUCGGAUAAGAAGGGUAUCUACUUCGACGAUUAA